AAUAAUCUGUUCAUAUUUUUUAUAUAUUAAAAAAGAAUAUUUUAAAGAAGAUCUAUGGAUAAAGCCUAGUGACAGAGCUCAUUGAUGAUGGUUGAACAGAACAUUUUUUCCAUCACCUGAGACAGAGGUUGGGGAGCAGCUGUUGGAAGGGAGACAAUAAGAGAACAAAGAAUAUAGAAUAGGAUGUGGAAAUAAAAAGGCACUUCCACCUCUCGAUGGAGCGGGCUGUGGAAGAGGGAUGUGGCUGUGGCAAUCCUGACACUCGAGACAAUGCUCAGAGCACGUUUUCCCAAGGGGAAGGAAGAAGCAUCAAGGAGCAAGAACAUGAAGAAGUGAAGAAGAGAAGCCCCCAUGCAAAGUGGCAGCAGCCGGGCUGCAAUGGAGUGAAGCUCUGCAGGCCAUUGCUGAAGGGCAGAGCCUCCUCAGGAGCCUCAUUUCACCGCAUUCUCUCAGCCCAAAGGCGGGGGCCAGAAGCUGGGGCUGCCCAGGGCCCCAGCAUUGCCCAGCCCGAGGAAUCCAGGCGUGGAAGCCCCGGCUCUGUGAGCUCACGGCCGGGCUCGGGGCUGUCUCCAGGGCAGCAGAGAACGGUGGAGCCCCGGGAGGAGCGGCCGCAGCGGCACCGGAGAGGCACAGCCGCAGCUGGGGCUGCUCUGCUGCUUCUGCUGGCACCGCUCUGCUUCUGCUGCUGCUUCUGGCACCGCUCUGCUUCUGCUGCUGCUUCUGCCACUGCUGUGGGGUGGCCGAGCAGCGGCACCUGCAGCCUGCCAGGCGCUGGGAGCUCAAGGCAGAGCUCACUGACCCACUCGGCAUCGCUCUUGACACCGGACACGGAGAAGGGAUUGUGUGCUCACGGAAGCAGCAGCCAUGCCGCAGGGAAUCGUGCGGAUGUGCCUGGUGCUGAUGGCCGUGGCGAGCGUCAAGCUGCCGCUGCAGCCCAAGGCCCAGCAGGAGCUGGAAAGCCUGCAGAGGAUGAAGGAACGCGAGGCUCGGCUGCGGCUGCACCAGCUGCUCUUGGAGAAGGAAAUAGCAGCGCUGGAAGCUCUGGAAGCCCCGCAGGAGGCUCCGGCCCCAGCGGCAGAGCAGCAGCCGGAGGAGCAGCAGCGGAGCACGGCAGCCUUGCUGGCCUUGGCCGGGCCUGUGCUGCUCGUGCUGGGCCGGCAGCGCCUGCGGGGAGCCGCAGCUCAGCUCCCGGGACAAGGACACGCUGGCCCGGGGCUCCUGGGCACAGCCUGCAAGGGAAUGGCCCUCCUGAGAGAGCUCCUGCUGCUGCUGCUCAGGGCCAUGGCCAUCUCCAUGGGCAGAGCCCUGCCGGAGCUGCGGGGAGCUGCGGCCACACUGCUCCCACUGCCCGUCCUCGCUAACACCAAAAAACACUUGGGGCUGCACUAGGGGAAGCCAUUCCCUGCUGCAUUCAUUGCUACAAAUGCUCUCUUUGACUUGUUCUAUCAGCCGUGUUCAUUGCUAGCAAUGGUCUCUGCAUAGUUUAAAUAGCAUCUCUAAUGGUUAUGUUAUUAGUAGAUAUAUUAUAUUAUA